UGUGAAAGGAAAUUCGGACCAUUUCAGAGAAACAUCAAACUUUCGCAUCUUUCUGAUCGAGUCUGUGAAGCAGCGACAGUCGGCUGUCCUAUCAGGGACAUGAUCCGAAGUGGUGCGCCAAAAUGCUGGCGAUGCUGCACUCAAAAUUCAGCGAGGUUUCCAGUCGGUGAUCUCGGCAAGCUUUCGCGCACGCUCACGACGAUCAGCAAAAGUGGCACACGACCAAGCCGUCAAGCUUUCCAGAGCGCAUUGUGCCAACGCCCGGCACCUGGCAAUGCUUCCACGAGUACACUUCACGUUGCCCGCCGGCUACAGAGUCAGUUUCGUCCCGCAACGCCACCCUCGCCGGCGGAUCUGGGCAAGCCUCGCACUGCAAAGACCUAUCGCCGCACACGAAAAUGGCUUCGCCGCCUGAUACGCCUGUCAAUCGCUACGGCAGUAGUCCUGGGAUUGGACACCUAUUUCUACAAUGCAUGCCUCACGCGAUCAUUGCGGACAUUCUACAGUGGACUCGUGAUUGCCCUGGACUACCGCCUCAACUUUCGACCGGAUCCUUGGAUCGGUGACAGUGUGACCGACUUACACGCACGAAGUGCCCAACGCGUCUACGAUCUCCUUCGUGCCAAUGGUGGGUUAUACCUCAAGAUCGGCCAGGCAAUCGCGAUGCAGAGCGCGGUGCUCCCGCCCGAGUUUCAGAAGAUGUUCCAGAAGAUGUUCGACGAUGCACCGCAGAAUGAUUGGAAGGAGGUGGAGAAGGUCAUUCGGGAAGAUUUUGGAGGCCGCAGCGUUGAGGAUGUAUUUGGUGUGAGUUUCACAGGUGAGCCAGGCAAAGGAGUGAUCGAGAGAACAGCGCGCGCAAGUGCGAGUGUGGCGCAAGUACACUGGGCAAAAUUGCCGGAUGGACGAGAGGUUGCUAUCAAAGUACAAAAGAGGGAGAUUAGACGACAGACGGGCUGGGAUCUUUGGGCGUUCCGUGUGGUGUCGAGGGUCUACUCGUGGUACUUCGAUCUACCACUCUACCACCUUGUGCCGUAUGUUUGCGAGCGUUUGAUGGCUGAGACGAACUUCGAGUUUGAGGCGGAUAAUUCAAGGAAGAUGCGUCAGCUCAUCCAGAAUGAGCCUCGCUUGUCAAAUCGUGUUUACAUUCCCGAGGUCUACUCUGAGCUGAGUGGUCAACGGGUCAUGACGGCAGAGUGGAUUGAAGGAGUUCGGCUGUGGGACAAGGAGGGGGUCAUGAAUUCUUGGCAAGGGGGAUGGCGAAAAGGCUCUCCUGGAGCUGGUGGAGCUCAACUGCCUCCACUACCAAACUCAGUGCACGAGAACCUAUCGAAGAACAGCAAAGCCUAUGACGAGAAGCUCAAGCCAAUUCGAGAUGACUGGCGUGGAGCCGACAAGAAGGGCGGCUUGGGUCUUUCUUUCAAGCCCGUCAUGCAAACCAUGGUGGAUCUUUUCUCCGCCCAGAUGUUCCUCUGGGGUCUGGUUCAUUGUGAUCCUCACCCAGGAAACAUUUUCAUCCGCCGACUUCCCUCGGGAAAGCCUGAACUGGUUCUGAUCGACCACGGCCUUUACAUCAGCAUGGACCCCAAGUUCCGCAAACAAUACGCACUCUUCUGGCGAAGUCUCAUGACAUUCGACAACGCCACCAUUGCUCGGAUCACCCGGGAUGAAUGGGGCAUCAAUGCGCCAGACCUCUUCGCCUCGGCGACACUGAUGCGACCAUACGAAGGCGGUGACCGCAAAGUGCUCACGCGAAUCAAGGACCUCUCCGCCAAAGAGCGACGCGAACGGAGCUUUGAGCUCCAGCAACAGAUGCAGAAAUCGGUGCGCGACAUCCUGCAGAACCAGGACAAAUUCCCACAGGAGCUCAUUUUCAUCGGCCGCAACCUUCGCAUCGUCCAGGGCAACAACCAGUUCCUUGGGAGCCCUGUCAAUCGCAUUAAGAUCACAGGAUACUGGGCUUCACGGGCGCUGACCGAGGAUCGUGAGGUGGAUUGGGCAAGCCGAUGGCGCGAGAGCGUGAAGCAUCUGGCUUUCCGUGCGGCACUUGUAGGUACCGAUGCGGUAUUUUACUGGGCCAAGCUGCGACAGUGGUUAGGUUUGGGCAAGGGUAUGGACGAUGAGCUGGAGAAGGGAAUGAGGAAGAUGGCGGAGAGCAUGGGCGUGGAGCUGCAACAUGGCGUCUUCGAUGGAUGAGUCGACAUCUGACCACUCUGCGGACCGAAAUAAUCGCCACUUUCUGCUUCCCUUCCGGGUGUAAAGAAUAUUAUAGAUGUAAAGAUUAUUAUACACACUCCCCACCUUGUGCUGUUUUCGAACUCCUCACCAGUGGAUCUCCCUUGAUGAGCAAGGUGAAGGAGAUGAAGCCGCCAUCGCGUGAUAUUCUGCGAGAUAAUUAUCUGAUAAGAGUUGCAAAUCAAAACAACUGUGAUGCAGGGAAGUUCUCGGGCUUCUCGCCUCCAUCUUGCAGUCCAAAACUGGAACCCCAUUCCUGAAACCUUUUCCUGUGUCACGAUGGAAACAAGCUACACUUUGC